CGCCCCAAGGCGGUGCUAACCCAGGCCCCGCCCCCGGGAGGGCAUUUCCGGCGCGGCGGAAUUCCGGGUACCGAGUGUGGCUGCUACUUGGUCCGCCCGGUUGUCGCCGAGAUCCCAUGAGUGCUGCUCCCCUGGUGGGCUACAGCAGCAGCGACUCGGAGGAUGAGGCCGAGGCCGGGGCUCAGGACCUGCCAGGGACUGGAUGCCGCCCUCGGGGCCGGAGCCCCCUCCCCAGCCAGAGGUUGCCCGUGCCGGACAGUGUGCUGCACAUGUUUGCAGGCACCGAGGAGGGGCCCGAAGAUGACAGUGCAAAGCACGGGGGCCGGGUGCGCACCUUUCCCCACGAGCGGGGCAACUGGGCCACCCACGUCUACGUGCCGUACGAAGCCGGGGAAGAGUUCCUGGACCUGCUGGACGAGGUGCUGCCCCACGCCCAGACAUACGUCCCCCGGCUGGUGAGGAUGGAGGCCUUCCACCUCAGCCUGUCCCAGAGCGUGGUUCUGCGGCAUCACUGGAUCCUUCCCUUUGUGCAGGCUCUGAAAGACCGCGUGGCCUCCCGCCAGAGAUUCUGCUUUACUGCCAACCGGGUCAAGAUUUAUACCAAUCAAGAGAAAACCAGGACCUUCGUGGGGCUCGAGGUCACCUACGGGCACGCCCAGUUCCUGGACCUGGUUUCCGAGGUGGACAGAGUCAUGGAGGAAUUUGACCUCACCACUUUCUACCAGGACCCUUCCUUCCACGUCAGCCUGGCCUGGUGUGUGGGCGAUGCUCGGCUCCAGCUGGAAGGGCAGUGCCUGAGGGAGCUGCAGGACAUGGUGGACCAGUUUGAAGACUCCGAGAUGCUGCUGCGUGUGUACGCCGAGCAGGUCCGCUGCAAGUCCGGAAACAAGUUCUUCUCGGUGCCUCUGAAGUGAGCACCGAAGCCCUCCUUAUCCCAGGAUUCGCCACAGGCCAAGCAAAGAUGGAGGAGCCACAGGGAGGCCUGGUGGUCCCGGCCAGCUGGUUCUCUCCCGGCCCUUUUGGGCUGCAGGUCCCAUGCUGCAGUGUUGUCAUUCCCGAAGAUCACCAGUAGAGGGCAGACUGGGCUCCCUCGUUGUAGGUCUGUGAUUGCUUGCCCACACACACACAAAAUGGGGUCACCCAGUGAGCACCCCCAUACUCAGCCAGAUUCCCCAACUGUAGUCCCUCCAACAAGGGGCCCCUCCCCACACUCCCCCCGCAGUCCCUUUGCCUUGGUGUUUGUUGCACUGUGACACCGGUGGUCUCAGACCAGCGUCUUUAUCCCUCGUGCCCUGGCUCACCCCUGCUCCAGCCAGGACACGGGGUGCCUCGAUGGGACUGUCCCCCUGCCUCGCUGAAGCUCGUCACUUCCACUUAUUUAUUUCUACUCUCACCUCUUCCGAUGCCCGUGGAGGCCAUUGCAGGGCCAAGGUUCAGGGUGCUACUCUGAGGUUCCGCGUCGGUUUUCUCCACUCCUUCCUCCCACGCGCCCCCAGCCAGGUGCCUGGGGAGACUCGCGCAGAUGCUCCAUCCCGGCCUCGCUGGUGGCUCGACGCCAGGCCGCCAGGCUGCCAACGCGGUGUGACCUCUGGCUUCCCACCUGCUUUCCCAGCAGCAGAGAGGCGCUGCCCCCCGCCCCGCCCCCGAGUCAGGAUCCAGUUCCUCGGCCUCUGACCACCCACUCUGGCCCACUGGCCUUCUGAGGGGACGCACCGGGGGGCCAGGGUCGCACAGGACUGUGAUUCUUUGAGUCCUGGAGAGAGCAAAGGACCAGGCCUCUCCAGCUGCCAUUUGAAUUUCUGGGGACGGAUGAAGAGAUAACAUAUUUUUAUGUUUUAGUUUUAAAUUAUGCUCAACGAAUAAAGAUUAGUUUUUAUGUUUUGGAUUUUGUUUGAACUGCUUCUGCCCAACCAGGAGAAGAGAUGGCUCUUCUCGCCCCCGUCUUCGCCAGAGCACUUCCCAGUUUUGGGGGGACCCUGGGUGGGUCUGCCACAACUGCUGACAUGGCCAUUAAAGACACUGAUGUUGGGGCGGGGUUCCCAGCCUGCCAGGCCUGCACCCCACGGAGGUUGCACAGACCACAUCAC